GCUUAGACAACGAUCUGGCUUGGCGUUUUACAAGCAUCUGCAGUAGGUCACGUCGCGUCGCGUCGCGUGCUUAACACGCGACUUGUCACCCUACAUAUCGCUAUCUUGGUAGUGGCUGCAUUGCAUUCAUGGAAAUUGACACUUCCAGAUACAUCGUUAUCGAUACCGAUGGCAGCGGGCUAAACCCAGGCAAAAAAAAUGCCGCUGCUGGUGUAGGUGUGUGAUUUGGCCCUGAUGAUCCAAGGAACUACGGUGAGCCAUUAGGGCCUGGCAGGCAGACCAAUCAACGUGCUGAGAUCAUGGCCGUCAAAAUCGCACUGGAAAAAGUACCAGCGCAUAAGAAUGUACUUAUUCGCAGCGACUCGUUGCAUGCUAUUCAAGGGGCCACCGAUUGGCAUCGCAGAUGGCUGCGAGAAAGCUGGAGCAAAGCCAAAGGCCUUCAUAAGGAGGACGAGCGUCUCCUCCAUGAGCUUCAGGAAACAAUAAGAGACCGGACACAGCUGGGUGCAGAAACAAGAUUCUUUUGGGUCAAGGGGCACUCGGACGAUGUGGGCAAUGAUGCCGCCGAUGGGUUAGCAAAACAAGGGUCGAGAGAGGCUUUCAUGGACGGACAGAGAGCACGAGCCGCUUCGCGACGAUUCAAAGUCAAAAAGAGGAAGAGGGAGACGUCGUCGGCCAAUGUAACCCCGACCGAGGCUGUAACAACCAGCAUUGGAGACAAUACCCUUGAGCUCCAAUCUGCCCAAAACAAGGACGCCUAGGCCAGGAGACAUAGACAGACCAAAUGAGCAAAUAAAAGCAC